GGAUGCAUUUUUUAGGACAAGCUGUAGGCGUGGCGGAUGGACUUGGGCAUGGUAUUGCCAAGACAGACACUUUAAUCAUUCCGGACAUUGGACAUGAAGAAUAACUGAGCAAAAUAAGUUUUAAUGUGCAACAACAAUAACCCAGAAAAACUGGGAUGAGCUAGACGUUCCUUUCCUUACAAAAUCUCAAUGGCUAUCAAGCUUAGCUUCGAUCCAUGUAGUACUUCCUGUAAGCACCUGUCGCUUUUCCUAUUCAAAGUCUACUGUUUGCUACUCCUACUUCAAAUUGCCAGUGCAGACUGGCUGAUGGAUUGUGGAAACUGUCACUGUAAAUGGAACUCUGGAAAAAAGACGGCCGACUGUCGCAAUUUAAGUCUGAGUGGAGUACCAGAGUACCUCAGUCCGGAGGUUCAAGUUCUGGACUUGUCACACAAUCACAUAUAUUACCUGGAAGAGAACGCAUUUUUGACCACCCAGUUGCAGAAUCUGCAGAAACUUCUUAUACGCAACGGCACUUUAAAGCAAAUAAACCAGCAAAGUUUCACCCAACUACAGAUCUUAAUUGAGCUCGACUUGUCCAAUAAUCUGCUUCAAGAAUUGCUACCCAAUGUUUUCGACUGCCUUACGAAAGUGCGUGCAAUAUUGUUAAAUGGAAACCUGAUACAAUCCCUUCGCAACGGAGUCUUUCGUAACCUUAAGUAUUUGCACAAGAUCGAAUUAAAGCGUAACCGCCUGGUUAAUAUCGAUGCCGAGGCAUUUGUGGGAGUACCACUUCUAUCACAGAUCUAUCUGGACAACAAUGAGCUAACCAAACUGAGAGUGGACAGUUUUCAAGGCUUAAAUAAACUGACAGCAUUAUCGCUGGAGGAGAAUCCUUGGAAUUGCACUUGUGACCUUCAAAUGUUCCGUGAUUUCGUUAUAGGUAUGAACCUAUAUACCCCGCCCACAUCCUGUCAUUAUCCAUUACAGUUGCGUGGUAGGCUCUGGAUCGAGGAUCAGCCAGAGGCGUUUGCCUGUAAGCCGAAGAUAGUAUAUCCUGGGCUUGGUACAUCCAUUAACACUUCCAAGGAGAAUGUAACACUUAUAUGUCGCGUACAAGGAUCUCCAAAUACGGUUAUUGCCUGGGACUACAAUAAUCAAGUAUACGAAUCUCGCUCUAAGCCGGUGAAAAGUCUGCAAAAGCAGCGUAUUUAUAUAGAAUUGUUAAGGGAAAAUGAACCAAAGGUUCAAAAGUUCGGACAUGACGUUUUUGUCUCACGUCUCACCAUAGUAAAUGCUAAGAAGAGCGAUGAGGGCGUCUAUACAUGUCUAGCGGAGAAUCCUGGAGGCAAGGAUUCGGUUCACAUAAGUGUGGUGGUGCAAAAGGACCAACAGCGGAUUCCACUAAUAGACACCAAUUUCUUUGCAAUAAUCUGCCUUAUAGCUAUGGGGUUUCUUAGUAUGUCGAUCCUAUUAUCCUUGGUGACAUGCUUGAUUUUCAAGCGCUUCAAACAGUUUCAUCCUAGUCAGCAUCCUUUUAUGCAAGCAACCAAUUUUCCAGUGCAGCAGCUUGAAAGCGAAGAUAUUACCGGUAUCAGCGCCUUAAGUUCAGGAGUUAUUCAGGAAAGGAAGAUUGCAGUGGAUCCAUUAAGAGUGACUAAUGGUACAUCAUCUAAAAAUUAUAUGCCAUUCAAAUCGACGACAUUUGAUGGCAAGGAAAUCUCACCAGACGAUUCACUUUCAACGAGAAAAAAUGAAUGUCUGAGGCUAAAUAGCAAUAGUUAUUUUGGAUAUCUUGACAAUCAGGCGGGCUCUACUUCAUCGGGACAUCAGGGGUUCCAUUCAGACAAUGCAGGGAUAUCCAACAAUAAAGAGCUCAAACAGAAAGAUAAGCUCGAUGAAAGACCCCAACACUUUGAUCUUAAGAGCUCGUCGCUUUCAAGCGGUGGUUCAAAAAAGGUCGGACAAUUCGAAGAGCAUCAACCGGAUCUGUUGCCUUCCAAUGAAUCAACUGCCAUGAAAAACAACGAAGAGCAACCAUCAAAAAAAAUAGGAAUCAAUCCCCGCAGCAAGUACAAUACCAAUGUGCAAAAGUACCUUAAGGAAAAGUACGGCAGUGUUCGGAUAAAUGAUAAUAGCACUAACAAGGCCAUUAGCGCUGCACUACCACCAUAA